CCCAACUUCACUCCACUCCUACCUCCUACCCCUCCCUGUAACUUCAAUGGCAAACCCCUCCAUGUAUAACUUCUUCAGCCAGAGCCAACCUUCUGCCUCCAAACCCACCGAGCAUGCGGCAGCUUCGUCCACCAACUCAUCUCCGGGACGUUUUCCUUGCCCCUACUGUCCCCGGGAUUUUGCCACCGCUAAAGCUCGCGCCGGCCAUCAGAAAGCUCACAAGCGCAAGCGAGCAGCUGCUGCUGGGCUAAACUUUCCGGCCAACAACCUGGACGAAUAUCCCCUACUUCCUCUGUUCCCUGCUUAUCCACAGCAACAACCCACCUCAUCCAUACCAUUUCCCCACUUUCCUGGCAUGUGUCAUCCCGUGGGUGCAGCCAUGUUUGUUGAGAAGUGGCUGGAGCCCAUCCAGCCGCAGCCACAGCCGCAGCAGCAGCACGUAGCUUCCAGCUCGGUCUCUGGGAGCUUUGUGGGCGUUUCGACUGCUGAUGCUCUCUCCACUUCCACUGAUGUCGAUGAUUCUGCCAAUAUGGACCUCACCCUCCGCCUGUGAAGGGCUUUACACUGAAUGGUGAUGAAGAUAUGUAUAUAAAUGCUGGUUUUAUUAAGAAAAUGGGUUUUUAAGU